CAGUAUUAAUUUUGGCAUAACCUAAAGUAGUAGAAUCGUUAUUUAAGGGACGCACACUUAAUUAAUUUCCAAUAAUUCAAAUCUCUAAAGCUGAAAGUCAUAUUAAUUGCAAUUACCAAUUUCGUAUCGAUUUUCAGUUAACCUUAAACCACAAGAUGUUGUGCUCAAUGCUCAGGAGUGUUAGACAUUCUCUUUUAGGAAACACUAGGCAGUUCUCGAAAAUGGUCCUGGAUGUGGAAAUGAAUAGGAUAGUUUGGGUGGAUCUCGAGAUGACUGGAUUAGAUAUUGAGAACGAUACAAUAAUGGAGAUUGCUUGCAUAGUCACAGACUCUGAUUUGAAUAUCAUUGCUGAAGGUCCCAAUCUCAUCAUACAAACACCUGAGGAAAAAUUGAAGGAAAUGAAUGAGUGGUGUGUAAAGCAGCACAGUAAAACUGGAUUAACGGAAGCGGCUAAGAAUUCUCAGAUCACUUUACAGCAGGCUGAAGACACUGUUAUGGAUUUUAUUACUAAACACGUGACGAAAAGUGCCAGUCCUUUGGCGGGAAACAGCGUUUACAUGGAUAGAUUGUUCCUGAAGAAGUACAUGCCCAAGUUGGACGAGUACUUGCAUUACAGGAUAAUAGACACAUCAACAAUUAAAGAGCUGUGUCGCAGGUGGAACAAUGAUUUGUUUAAGAACGUUCCCAAGAAGGAGUACAACCACAGAGCGUUGACGGACAUCAGGGAUAGCAUCAAAGAGUUGCAAUUCUAUAAAGGCAACUUCUUCAAAAUCAACGAAUCAUCAAAUGUGAUUUAGUUAAAUCUUCUUCUUCUUCCUUCCUCUCCACACUUCGCUUGGCUUGCGCGUCUUGCAUAAUUUCGCCAGCCACGGUUUUUAUU